AUGACAUAUUCUAAAACUGAAAACAAACUUUACUGUUUUCAUUGUGCGUUAUUUGGGAAAAAUCAUAAAACAAAUUGGUCACGUGAAGGUUUCAAUAAUUGGAAAAAUGGAUUGCCAAAAGUCAUUAUUCAUGAAACAUCAGAAGCUCACAUUAUGUCGUCUAUAAAAGCAGCAUACAGAGAAACAUCAUUUCCUAUUCUACAGUCACUAGAUGAAAAAAAAAACUUGGAUAAAGCUUUAAACAAAGAAAUUGUGCGUCACUUAAUCGAUAUUACUUUAUAUCUUGGUAGACAUUGCUUGCCAUUUCGUGGUCAUAAAGAAGGAUGGAAUCAACAACUUAUGGGCAAUUUUAAGGAUUUAGCUGUCUUGUUAGCUAAGUACUCUCCUGCUUUGUCUUCUUAUGUCACCCAGAUACAAUUAAAAGGAAGGAAGAUCCAUAAUUGUUUACCUUGGCAACGGCAAAAUCAAAUUAUUCAAUCUAUUUCGAUUGACAUCAAAGAUACUAUACUAAAAGAACUACUAGAAGCAAGAUUUUUAGUGUGUCAUUAG